AUGUUAGGACUCUGGUGUGCUGCUAUUGUCAUUUUUCUUGUCUUCCUUUAUCAGCGGCUCUCGAGUCCCAUUUCUCAACUCCCUGGUCCUUGGUAUACCAAGUUUACAAGCCUGGUUAUCAAGUACCAUGAAUUCUCGGCUAGCCGUCGUGUAUUUAUCCAUCAGCUGCAUAAGCGGUAUGGCACUGUGGUGCGGAUAGCGCCCAACGAGGUCUCCUUUGCAUCUUUAGAUGCCAUUCGAGAGAUUUACGCGUCAGGCGGUAGUGGCUAUGAUAAGACGGAAUUAUAUGACCUCUUUCGACAGUUUGGGAUCAAGACCAUGUUCUCUACACUCGACAAGCAGACACACAGUGAGCGGAAGCGGCAACUGGCCGACCGUUAUGCCAUGUCAAACAUACUGCGAGAACAUCAUGUGUCGGCGAUCCGAGAUAGCGCUAAAGCGUUUGUAUCCAAGUGUGCUGCUGUGGCGAAGAGUGUGGAUGUCUAUGUCUAUCUACAUUGCUAUGCCCUUGACUGCGUAACACACUUCAUGUUCAGUCCUAGCGGAUUGAAGUCUCUCACCAAUGAAAAUGAUUUUGAGCUGAUGGAGGAAAUGACAUACCAUAACAGCUUACAGAAAAACCUACUUCCUUACUACCUGCCACAUCUAGCUCCAUACUUCCCUUCUUGGCUGCUACCCCGUCGGGCCCCUAAAUCUAACGCAUACGUCCAUAGAGUGACGGCCCAGACAAGUCCAGACGAGUACAGUCUCCUUGCUCGUCUUUUGCGAAAGGAUUCGUCCAUUUCCAGGUCACAAGCAGCAGCAGAAUGCAAAGAUCACAUGGCGGCAGGGAUCGACACAACAGGCGAUGGCUUGUGCUUCUUGAUGUGGGAGUUGUCGCAACCGCACAACUUUCGAUUCCAAGACCGCCUUUAUGAAGAGCUUCGCUCAGCACCAGAAGGUACGCACAUUGAUCGAUUGCCGUACCUCGAUGCUGUAAUCAAGGAGGCCUUGCGCUGUGCGCCGCCAAUCCCCAUGUCAUUCCCUCGUUAUGUGCCAAGCGGUGGUAGAACAAUUGACGGGACCUUCAUCCCCGAGGGAACCAUCGUCAGCUGCCAGCCGUACACCGUGCAUCGCCUCGACGAAAAGGUAUUCCCGGAUCCAGAUACUUUCAAUCCGGAUCGCUGGAUGGAGGAAGAUGGCAUCAACGAGCGCAACCGAUUGUUUUUUGCUUUUAGCACCGGAGGGAGAGGAUGCACUGGAAGAAACCUGGCGACUGUUGAGAUGAAGAUCCUUCUCCAAGAAGUUUAUUGCCGGUUCCAGACGACGGUGGCUCCGGACAUGACUAGCUCCAUGGAGAUCGACGACCAAAUCAUCUCGUCUCGACCGAAGGGACAGAAGUGCAAGCUUAUAUUUACUCCUCGUGAAAUAUGA